AUGAUUGAGUGGUACUACACGGACGGCGGCAUGACGCACUUGGACCUCAAUACAUGGAUUCAGAUGGCGGGCGUCAUGGUCCGCGAGCUAGGGCACUGGCCUCGGAGCGAGGAAGUUGUGGGCAUGGAGCAUAUUCUCACUGCGGCUGGUUGGAGGACGAACUUUGCUGCCUAUCUGAGCAUGCGAAUCGCAGCCAUCAGUUUUCAACGGCCCUUGUCCAUGAUGGUCUGGACCGCCGGCAGGAGAAAGGGGCUGGACACCUUUGAGAAGGAGACUAUGCAUGUCAACGGCAACCGAUUGGCGCACCGGGUGCUAUUGCAAAAGAUAGGGGAGGAGAUUUCAUCACAUCGAGAGGCGCAACCGCCGACCCUGUCGGCUGCUGCUGGGGACAUGGCCUACAUCCGAGCCAUCAGGCCCCUGAUUCAGCCGAGCCAUACAGCUUUGGGCAUGCUGGUAUUGUUCGACACUGCAACGUUCCGCCACUGGCCCACCGUGACCAGCAUCUGGGGCUUGUGUGCUGGAGGGGGCUUUUAA